AUCUGCCGACUUGGGCGUUGUACUCCAGCGCAUCAGCCAAUUUCUCCACUUCCCAAACUCCACUCGACCUACAAAAAAAAAAAAAAGGAGAGAGAGAGAGAGAGAAAGAGAGAGAGAGAGAAGAGGGAGAGAUUUCGUUUUGCGAUUGUUCUCGCGUAUUUCAAACACGUUUUACGGGCUAAAAAAAAAAGCCUCCACGCGGCCAUUCGGGUAGCCUUUAUAAUCUCGCUCGGCGAAGGAAGUGGGGCCGGCUUUGAUUGUUUCUCCCCCCCCCAAAAAAAAAAAAAACCAAAACAAAAAAGAAAGAGAAACCCCCCAUCAGCCGUCUUUGUUCAUUCAUUUCAUCGCUCGGCUUUUUUUCCCCCCACCCUUUGUUGAACGAGGCAUGGGCGCACAAAUCUCCAAAAACGCCGGAAAGGAGGAAGCCGCCGUGGAGAAGCCCGGCGAGGCUGCGGCAUCCCCGGCGGCCAAGACCAACGGCCAGGAGAACGGCCACGCCAAACCCAACGGCGACGCCUCCCCGGCGGCCGAGCAAGCCGACAAGGCCGACGUCCAGGCCAACGGCGGCACCCCCGCCGAGGAGGCGCCCAAGGAGGACGGCGACAAGGCGGAGGGCGCCGAGAAGCAGCCCGAGGCGGCGGCGGCGGCCACCAACGGCGAGGCCGCCGCCAAGCCCGAGGACGGCGCCGAGGACGCCAAGCAAAAGAAGAAGCGCUUCUCCUUCAAGAAGCCCUCCUUCAAGCUGAGCGGCUUCUCCUUCAAGAAAACCAAGAAGGAGUCCGAAGAGGAGGAGAAGGCGGAAGUGGAGAAGGAAGAAGGGGAGAAGGCGCCGGCCGAGGGGGAAGCUGCGGCGGCGGAGAAGGCCGAAGGAGAGGAGGCGCAAGCCCAGAAGGAGAAGGAGGAGGAGGAGGAGACCAAGGAAGUGCCCGCACCCGAGGAGCCCAAAGCCGACGAGCCCGCCGCCAAGGAGGAGAAACCGUCCGAGGGUUCCUCGCCGGCCGAGCCCGAGGCCGCCGAGGCCGCCGGUCCCGAGGCCCCCGCCACCCCCGCCCCCGCCGAGUAAUCCUACUGAAGAACACGCUCAAAAAUGAAGGAGGCCCACGGAGCCCGUCUGAAAGAAUGCGAGGACUAGUCUGAAACCAGGGAUUUUCUUUUGCUUUCUUUUUGUCCCUUUUGCGUUUUUUUUUUUUUUGCAUCUCAUCCAUAAUGAUUGCAAUGCAGUUUCCGGGUGGCGCUUUCAUUCAUGGCUGAAUAUGCGACUGUGAGUGUGACUUUUUUUUUUUUUUCCCCCCUCCGCCCCCUCCCCUCCUUUUUUUCCCCCUCCACCUUGCUGACAUAUUUAAUUCAAAUAUUUGGUGCUGGGCUAAUUGGAUGUAGCAGCUAAAGCUGUGCGCGUGCUGUACGGUCAAACAAACAAAAUGUUAAAAGACAAAAAAAAAAAAAAAAGUCUUCAAAACGACGUCGUUUACAACUCCCGCGUCGGACCGCGGACGUCCCCCCCCACCCCCGCCCCUCCAACUGGGGAUUUUCAAUUUAGUAACCAUUCCAAAAAAAAUAAUAUGGGUGCUCAUCACUUGCUCCUCUGCCGUUUUCCAAAUGUAGUCAUGCACGUUGUAUAGACUUUGAUAUUGCUGGUUUUAUGACUGAAAUGUACCUUAAUGACAUUUUUAACCCAUUGUAAAUGACUGUUUCUUUUCUUUUUUUUUUUUUUCCACCAUUUGUAAGACUAAAUAAAACUGGGAGAUGUUUUAAGCAAAAACAACCAACAAAAAAAAAACUGAUCAAGCUGUGAUGAUUAUAUAACACUUCAUCUCUAGACUAGAACAAUAUAGCUAUAGGAUGUCUUUUUUUUCUUCUUCAUUUCUUUUGUACAUAAAGAUUGAAUGUAAACAUUGGCUACAACAUGGUAUUUAGGUGUUGACUUUUCUGUGAGCACUGAAGAAUAAAGGAAAGUGUGAAAUUGGCACUCAU